AUGCUGUCGGCCGCCUGUCGGCCCUCGUCCUGGAAGGGCCUCUUGCACGCUGGCGGUGCGCGGCACCAUGCGUCCGCGAGGCAGAGGUACAGGUCCCUGUGCUUCUUCACUCCGGGCCCGCUGUAUCUGAUUUACGAUACUCUGAUCAUCAAGUACCCCUUGUACUUGAUCAUCCUUACCGAACUUUACAAGAACCCCCGGGACAUCGUUAACCGCGGGUACACCUUCAAGGUUUGGUCAGACCACAGAGACCGCAAUCUUGAGGCAGCUGCCAACCGUAGGUUGGCCUACGCGGCCCGCAAGGGCAACUCCACAGUGAAGGACCUGACGACCCUCAUACGACACGGUUGGAGCACGAGUGGUGUGGCCGCCAGCAGCAAGUUCAAGUUCAACAAAUACUGUGCUUGGUUCGUACCAGUCAGCUUUCCCGAUUCUCGCUGUUACGACGACAGCGAGGAUUACGGCACCAUUCAGUACGACCUCGGGAAUUCCAGCCUCGUGCUGCUGCCCCCGGGCUUCCGCGGCGGCGCGGCCCGCGCGGCCGCGGGCCCGCCCGGGCGGCGGCACGGGCACGCCGUGCUGGUCGCGGAGGGCGGCGGGGCCGCGGCCGAGGGCCGCGGGAGCGCCCGCCCAGAGUGGGUGGGCCUCUGCGAGCUGGAGGUGCGGCCCUGCCACGCCCGCGGCGCAGGCCGCGUCGCCCCCUACUUGCGCGGCCUCGCCGUCCUGCCCUCCGGCCGGCGCCGCGGCGCGGCGAGGGCGCUGCUGGCGCGCUGCGAGGCGCUCGCGGCGUCGUGGGGCCACGGCGAGAUCUGCCUGGACGUGCUGGAGGACAACGCCGCGGCGGCGGCCCUGUACGCCUCGGCCGGCUACGAGCGGUGCGGGCCGUCGGCCCUGGACGACCUGCCGCUGAGCGACCUGCUCCAGGGCCGCUUGGGCAGGCGCUGGCGCAAGGCGCUGGCGCGCGCGGGCCGGCCGGCCGCCGCUGGCGCGGCGCCCGCCGUUGCGGCGCAGCCCGAGGCCCAGAUCUCCGACGAGGGGGUUCAGCCCGGGCGCGGCGCGGUGCUGGCGCACGCGGCGGGGCGGUUGUUGCGCGAGGCGCUGGUGGUGGCGCUGCUCGGGGGCGCCCCGCUGCUCGGGGGCGCCCUGCCCCAGCCGCCGUGAGGGGCGGGGAGCCCGGCGGGCCCCCCGGCGGGCCGCCCGGCGUGUCGCGGGCCGCCCCGCAGAUGCGCAGCGCCCCCC